AUGAUGUCCCAAGCAGCCCGCCAGGUCGAAAAGGUUAUUGGCCACGGCGAUAAUGCGACAACCGCACAAAACGUUACCAACCCUGGCAACGACGAGUCCACAGCCGAUUACUCGGAAUCGAUGAAGGCGCUGGCCUGGUUUGGUAAGAACGAUGUCCGAAUCAUCGACACCCCGAAGCCAAAGGUUCUCGAGCCCCGCGACGUCAUUGUCAAGGUCACUGGAACCACGGUCUGUGGCUCAGACCUUCACUUGCUCCACGGGAGCGUAGUGGAAAUGCAGAAAGGCGACAUUCUUGGACACGAGUUCUGCGGUGUUGUGGACAAUGUCGGCAGCGAGAUCACAAAAUUCCAGAAGGGCCAGCGCGUCGUUGCAUCAUUUCAAAUUGCUUGCGGUGACUGCUAUUACUGCAAGCAGAAGCUCUCGUCACAAUGCGAGAAGACAAACUCCAACACGAUCGAGAACGCAAUGUACGGCGGUCGAACAGCUGGAAUGUUCGGCUAUUCACAUUUUACGGGUGGUUUCGCCGGUGGCCAAUCCGAAUACACCCGUGUACCCUACGGCGACGUGAACCUCCUCCCUCUUCCAGAUGAUGUUCCAGAUGAGCAAGGCCUUUUCCUCUCCGACGUGCUUUGCACAUCGUGGCACGCCGUCGUAGACACGGGUGUAAAGAAGGGAGAUGUCGUAGCUAUCUGGGGUGGCGGUCCCAUCGGACAAAUGGCAGCGGAAUUCUCUCUUCUCAACGGUGCAUCUAAGGUGAUCAUCAUUGACUCGAACUGGCGGUUGGAUUUCAUUAAGAACACAUACCCACAUAUCGAGACCAUCGACUUCUCGAAGCUAAGCAAAGGCGAGUCGGUGACAAGUGUAUUGAAGAAAAUGUGCAACGAUCGCGGCCCAGACGUCAGCAUCGAGGCUGCGGCUGGCGAGUACGCAAAGGGAUGGGCCCAUUACUUCGAGAUGAUGUUGGGCCUCGAGACAGAUACUAGCGAAAUCGUCAACGAAAUGAUCGCCAGCACACGAAACUUCGGCAGCUGCGGUAUCACCGGUGUAUACGUUGGAUUCACCAAUCAUUUCAACAUCGGCUCGCUCAUGGAGCGAGGUAUCCGCCUCAUCGGCAACGGCCAAGCACCUGUGCAUCUUUACUGGGAAUCACUGCUAAAGAUGAUCCAAGAGAAAAAGAUCAAGCCGGAGAAUAUGGUUACACACCGCGUACGUCUUGAAGAUUUGGACAAGGUGUAUUACAAGUUUGAGAACAAGGAGGACGGUAUGCAGAAGGUGUUUGCGGAGACGAAGUGGAGUUUCCCAGCUUCCAAGGGUAGCCCGCCCUUGACGAGAUAUUAG